GUAACCCCUUUCAUGUUGAUGUUCAUCUAAUUUUAAGGUGUUAGAUAAAUGACAAACGUUCAGUGUUUAUUAUGAUGUCAACCACUGACUUUAAAUAUUAUAAUAUAUUAUUUAAUGUAAAUAUACAUUUAUAUUGGUAUAUGGAUUAUAAUCUAAUAAUAUUGUCUUCUUCUUAUUAAAGAUAAUAUAUAAAAAUGUUUGCUUCAAACGUCCAUAGCUUUAUUCAUUGGCUAACAUUAGUUAUAUAUAUGCAUGUUCUGUGAAUCACUAAUCUUUGAUGUACUUUACAUUUCUCAUUUGAACAAAUCAUCUAUGCACAAAACUAGUUUGAAAAUCUCAUACAGACUACACUUAGAUUUUGUAAUUUAUUACAUUUUAAUAAAUUUUUGUCUGUAUAGUACAUCCAUUGAACAAUGCAGAGCAUUAUUGAAUAAACAAAUAUAUAACACAAUUGAAAAUGAAUAUGGAAUCAAUGAAAGAUAUAGUGCCAGAUCGUUGAUAAAUCUUGUCCUUAUUUAUUUAACUGUAUUCCAAUCAAAUCUACUAAGGUGGUAUAAAGAAGUUGUGAAAGAUAAGCGUGUUUUCUGGUUGUUGACACUCAUAAUUCUUUCACAUUUGAUACACUAUCCUCUAGAAAGACCUACUUUACAAGGCCAUGCAUUGAAGUUGAAAAUAAAUAAUUAUAUAAAUCUUAUUCAAGGUAAAAUUUAUAAUUGCCUAGCUUAUCUGGAUGGUUAUUUAACAUUUCCUACGGUAGAGGCUAGACAACCACCAGUUGGAUUUCCUGAACCACCGGAGAAAUUUACAUCUUAUGAACAAAUGGUUGAUUACUUGGCAGCUGUGAAUCAGUACUAUCAAGUGUUUGGCCGUUCAAGAUAUGGAUAAAGAUGAAAAGUAUCAAUGGGGGAUGGAUAUUCAAUGUUCAACAUACGUGUUCAAUAUGCAUUGAAUAAUUCUGAAAAAUGUAACUCGGAAAUUUCAUGCAAUAAAUAAAAAUAAUAAAUGUUGUUCACUUGUA